CCAUCUUCACUCUUGCUCCUCAAUAAGACCACGAAACAAAAUAUGAAAGUCCGACCUUGGACCGUUGAAUACCAAAAUAAAAGUAAUGCUGCGUCCUCCAAAUCCAUGAUCGCUGGAAAGGACUCUGUGCGCGCCCAUGGAGGCCGAUUGGGAUGAAAUCACACGCAUCGCGGUGCCCUCGUCAGGCCUGCAUGCAAUUCCCACCCCAGCCAGCGCCAUAGCAUUCGACGAUCUACAAGAGUUACUAUGGGUCGGUAACGAUCAAGGACGUGUCACCUCAUUCUAUGGCCCAGAGCUGCAACGAUAUGUCUCCGUCAAGGCUCACCUGGGCGAAGGGCCAGUCAAACAACUACUGCUCCACGAGAAGGGCAUCGUAUCCAUCUCGGCGUCCAGUGUACACUUCGUCACCCGCAGAGGUCUAACUCAAUGGCACCUUUCACAUCGACUCAUGACCGAUCUACGAUGUAUGGCCUUCACAACUAUCAACAAUCUCAUCAUAGUCGCCGGAUGCCAGUCCACUUUCUUCAUCAUAGACAUCGACAAAGGCCAGAUCGUGUCCGAGCAUGCUGCACAGGCUAAAUACACCAUCAUCAAGAAAAGUCGACAUAUUUGCGCCGCCACCGACGAUGGCAAUGUCCACAUUAUCAGCUUGAAUGAUUUUUCCGUGCUCAAGAAAUGGAGAGCCCAUUCAAGCGCCGUGAACGACAUGGAUGCACGCAACGACUUUCUGGUAACGUGUGGCUUUUCCGUGCGACAGCUAGGUGUACCUAUCGUGGAUCCCUUGGCCAAUGUGCACGAUCUGAAAUCUCUCACUUCACUCCCACCAAUACCCUUCCAUGCAGGCGCGGCUUAUGUACGCAUGCACCCGAAACUACAAACGACAAGCUUUGUUGCCUCGCAAACAGGGCAAAUGCAGGUCGUGGAUCUGAUGAAUCCAGUUAAUGUUAUGCUGAAACAAGCAAACGUCCAAUUCAUGCUGGGCAUGGAAAUCGCUUCCUCUGGCGAUGCUUUGGCCAUUACAGACACAAACGGCCUGAUAUACCUUUGGGGUUCACCAUCGAAAGUGCGAUUCAACAACCUUAGCAAAGAGACAGAAUUUGCAGAUCCACCUCCACAACAGAUCCCUCAUGUGGACUGGAAUGAUACGCCUCUAAAUACUAUAGGUAUGCCGUACUAUUCAGAACCACUACUGUCGGCAUGGCCUAGUCAUGUGGUCUUUGAGGUUGGGUCGCCGCCGGUCCCUGUAGAACCUUCCUUACUCUUUCAUAUGCAAACGGCGGAGAUGGGACAAUAUGCUCCUAACCUCAAUCCUCGAAAACUUCUCCGUUACCAGGUGGAAGAUACCAGAGCAGGUCAUGCACCGGCUUCGAUCGCUGUACCCAAAUUUCUGAGUGAAAAGGCCAAGGGAACGCCAGCCACUAUGGAUGGGCAAAAGCUUUCUGACGCCGUGGAGUCUUUGGCCGGAGUGUCUUUGAACGGCCGAAACCAGACUGACGAGGAACGAAUGCUCAAGUACAGCAAUGUGGAAAUCAAGUAUUCCAGGUUCGGAGUUGACGACUUUGAUUUUCGGUACUACAACAAAACUCCUCAUUCCGGAUUAGAGACUCACAUCGCAAACUCCUUCAUCAACUCCCUGCUACAACUCUACAGAUUCAUCCCGUUGGUCCGCAACGUCGCCGUACAGCAUGCGGCCACCUCAUGCGUUGCAGGCAAUUGUCUCCUCUGCGAAUUCGGAUUCUUCUUUGACAUGUUGGAAAAAGCCCAAGGUCAAAACUGCCAGGCCACAAAUCUUCUGCGGGCAUUUGGAGCAUCUAGGGAAGCUGCCAACCUCAGCCUGUUUGAGCAUUUGUCCAUGGCCAAUGGAACCCCUUUAUCCACCACUAUACAAGCGGUCAAUCGCUUCUUCCUGAAGCAGAUAGCACACGAAUACAACACCAUUGCUGGGAGCAGCGAUGGCAUUGAUGAAAUCCUCGCAUGUAAUGCGUUCGAGUCGAUUCGAUGCAUGUACUGCAACAAUGAAACCACCAAACCUGCCAGUACUUACGUGCAUGACCUGGUUUACCCGCAGGUUGAUCCUAAACACUCGAUGAGAUAUUUGAAAUUCUCAUCAAUUCUGAAGACCACCAUUGAACGAGAAGCCAAGAAUCGAGGUUGGUGCAGUCGAUGUCGAAGAUAUCAACAACUUGCUAUCCGGAAAACCAUCCGGCAAUUACCCUUUGUGCUCAUGAUCAACGCGGCACUUGGUGGCAACGCUACGAUGCGAGCCCUUUGGGAAACACCAGGGUGGUUACCAUCAGAAGUCGGGAUCAUCGUGCAGGAUAGGAACGUCUACUGCUUCGAAGGGUCUGAUCUUGCUUUGCACCUCCGAAACAAGUCUCCGAAUCUGGUGGUUUAUGAGCUUGUGGGCUUCGUGGCCGAGAUCGACGCUAGCGAACGACAUCAACCUCACCUCGUCAGCAUGGUCAAUGUUGAGGUGUCCGGCGCUGGAUCUGAGGCAAUGCAUAACAACAAGGUAUUCCCCAAUUGGCACCUGUUCAACGAUUUCCUUGUCACUCCAAUCGACCCUAGAGAGGCCUUGCAUUUCAGCGAAAAAUGGAAAACGCCUAGUGUGAUCGCUUACCAGAUCAAGACCGCACAUGGGAAGCUUGAUGAGACCUGGAAACAAAACCUGGACACUACGCUCCUUUAUCACCAUUACAGUAUCAAUGGACUUUAUCCGGUUGACGAGUGUAAGAUGUUGAGGCCCGAUGAGCACCCACGAAAGGAUACUCCUAUUGCUCUGGACACUGAAUUUGUGGAAUUGGAAAAAGCCGAAAUCGAUGUCAAGGCCGAUGGUACGCAAGAGACCAUCCGACCCGCCAAGUCCGGACUUGCGCGAGUCAGCGUAAUACGUGGUCAAGGUGACGAGGAAGGAGUACCCUUCAUCGACGACUAUAUCACGAUAUACGAACCAAUUGUGGAUUACAAGACACAGUAUUCCGGCAUCAAACCUGGCGAUCUUGACCCGCAGCAGUCCCAACAUAAUCUUGUUCCGCUGAAGGUGGCAUACAAGAAAUUGUGGAUUCUGCUUAACUUAGGGUGCAUUUUCGUUGGACAUGGAUUGGCAUCGGAUUUCCGCAAAGCAAACAUUCAUGUGCCCAAGUCACAGACUGUCGACACACAGUUUCUGUACUUGGCACCGGGCAGGAACCGAAGAUUCUCCUUGCGGUAUCUGGCUUGGGCUGUGUUUAAGGAGUACAUCCAAGAAGAGAUGUCCGAGGAUGCGGCUGGCGAUGGACAUGACAGUAUUGAAGAUGCGCGUAUGGCGCUGAGACUGUGGCGUAAGUACCAGGAAUACGACGACGCAGGAAUUGUCGACCAAAUGAUUGAAGACAUCUAUCGAAAAGGCACAAAGUAUGGAUGGAAACCUCCUCCGAGAAGUAUUGGAGGGAUUUUGUUGCCCGAAGGCAUGGGCACAGGAACAGCUAACAGCGCUGUGCCGAGCGGAAGAAAUACACCUGACUUGAUGCCGUCGCUUUUGCCGACGUCACCACCAGGGUCGAAGAGCGGUGGCAGUAGCGGAGCAUUCAAAUUGAAUGCGUCAGGGACAGGAAGCUUUGUGCCAGGAAAUGGGACCUUGAGAGAGAGUCCGCUGCGGUGAGCUGGAGGCUGAAGGGAGAGAUAGACGAGCAGAAUCGAACUCUGAGGUUUGUUUUGCUGUAGUGGUUUGCAGAUGAAUAAAUUACUUUGCAGAUUACCAUUGUCUCUCAUGACACUUGCACUUAGGUGUUGUUCCCUCAUGACCACGUCGCCAUCAAAUCAGCCUCGUCUACUGUUACCUAAGCCGUACACUUCUUAUGGUUUAGCUCGGUAUUAAACCCUGUUGUGCCUGGGGAACCAGCGGUGAGAGUCCCAUAUGAGUGGCCGGCUGUUGACUUUCGGGCGUCGGAAUACCCCUGUGGGAUCGUCUCCAUGAGGGUCUC